AUUCUCAGUAGAAGAAGAAAACGGUACGUCGGUAAAACAGUUCCCCCUUUAUUUCCAAAACACAGAGCAGUUUCAGACUUUAAGCUUGGUGCAGAGGGAGAAUGGAUGCCCUCACUCACAUGCUUACAGACCCCCUUGAUCCAAAAGAAGAAGAAAAUGGACAAAUCACAGAGGAGUGCAUGCUGGGGAACUGUAGAUUAAACCUACCAGAGGACCUACUCGAGGACCCUGACAUUUUCUUCUCUGUGCUGAGUGAAAGCACCUGGAGUGAAGUACUGUCAGAUUCCCAGAGACAGCACCUUCGUCAGUUUUUGCCAAAGUUUCCAGACAACAAUGUUGCAGAACAGGAUGAAACCAUCGGUGACCUAUUCAACAACACAAACUUUCAUUUUGGAAAUCCCCUCCAUCUUGCACAAAGACAGUUCAGAGAUGGUUACUUCAAUCCUGAAGUGGUCAAGUACCGACAAUUGUGUGCCAAGUCCCAGAAGAAGCGACAGUUACACUCCCUUCAGCAGUAUUACCACAAAUUGUUGAAGCACAUCCUCGUCUCCAGAAAGGAGUUGCUUGAGUUUGCAGUUCAAAAUGGUCUGGACUUUCCACCAAAAAGAAAGUUGCAGACCAAGACUCAUGCUGAAAUGCGAGAACCAAGGGUGAGAAGAAGAUUGAGCCGCAUAUUAAAGGAGGUCAAAACUGAGUGCGGAGACAGCAACGCUUCAUCUGAUGAUGACGAUAUAUCAUUAUGGACUCCAGCACCCCAUUCGCCUUCCUCUCCGACGCCCACUGUCUCACUCAGAGUCCUCCCCAGCCUCUCCACCCAAGACAUGAAGAUUACUGAAAAAAUAGAACUAGGGGAGAGAGAUCUAAAGGCCAUGCUGCAAAACCAUCGGGAUAAGAGGAAGCGACAGCCAGAUCAUCCAGACUUGAUGACCUCUGACCUCCACCUUGGGGACAUACUUUCAAGAACAAAUAUCGGUCGGAAGGGGACACUGCCACUUUUUGAUCUGUCACUGCCUAAGAAGAAGAUUAAAGAUGAGAGAAGAAAGAAGAAAAUGAGGACAAUAAAAGUGGAAUCUGAGGAUCCUUGUGAAAUUCUCUCACCUUCAGAAAACGCAUCAGCUCCACCAGCGAGCAUCAUCAACUCCCUGCCGGACACGCCGUCCACUCCCCUGGCCAACAUCAAAGAGGAAAUUGUGGAGGAGUGUCCGAGCAGUCCGGCUCCAGUUGAGGAAAUAGCUAUCAGUUUCUUCAGCUUGUUGGAGAGCAUUUUAGCGACAGAAAGCCUUACCAGCACUUCAUUGUUGGAGGAAAAAGUUCAAAUGUGGCAGUCCUCUCCAGCCAGUUCCCUCAACGUCUGGUUCUCAUCUGUCCCGUGCUGGUCUGACUUGGUGCUUCAAGCCCUGCAGUUCCUUGCAGGAGAGACUAAAGAUGGCAUGAUGGCACUCCCCAGUGGCUUUUUUCCAUUUGUGGAAUUUGCUGAUGAAUCUCAGCAGUGGAGGUGGAUCGGCCCCACGCACGAUACAGAGAAGGAUCUCAGCGCACUCUGUCAGCUGUGGCUGGACUCCAAAGAUUUAGUCAUCAAGACCGAAAAUGAAGAAAUUAUGGAGAUGACUUCUCCUACUGCAAGAGUCUCAACUGACUAUGUGCUACGGCCCAGCACUGGGGACGAGAGACAAGUAUUUCAAAUCCAGGUGUCUAUCACAGGCCAAUUGGGAAUGAAGCAUGCUGGAGGGGCAGGAAUCCCAAUAACAGCUACCAACCUGCGUAUCCAGGGUAAAGAUGUCCUCCGCCUCCCUCCCUCCUCCAUCACUACAGACUCUAAGGGCCAGACGGUGCUGCGGAUCACCCCAGACAUGAUGGCCACUCUCGCCAAAUCCCCAGUUGCGACUGUCAAACUCAGCCCUGACUUCCUGGGCUCAGCCUCAGGCGGUAAAAGCAUAUCAGCUACUCUGCACAUGACGCCCCCCCACUCCUUGCCUUCCUCUGCCUCCGGUUCCACUUCGGAUCUUCAGACCACUAAAGCAGGCUCUGUUACCUCCACCUUGUUGAAGGCCACCGGCGACAUUCGUCUGAUGCCCACUCUGGCUGUCACUAUGGCGGACCAAAAAACAAGAACCUUCUCCACUGUUUCCUCCCCCGACAAGAGCGGGGCCACCAUUCGGAUAAUGCCAGGCCUCGGUGUGAUUCCACAGAAACAGGGUCACACCAUCACUAUGACAACCACCACUGGCACUAAGACCCUCACAGCGUCUACCUGUGCUAACGUAGUGACCAUGGCUGCCAGUGUUGUGGCCGGGGCCAAGGGGCUCACUGUGGCUCCGGGGGUCUCAUGCUCCACUCUGACGCUAGGAACAGCCACUGCCACCGUGAGGCAGGUCCCCGCUACCGUGGUUACCACACAAACGCCAACCUCGGACAAACACCUCACGUUUGCAGUGGCGGCGGGAUACAAGCCACUAGCCUGCACCUGNCGACCCCCAUAUGUCACCAUUCUUUCUCUGGUGCGAGAUGCAGCGGCCAGGUUACCCAACGGAGAAGGAACAAGGGCGGAGAUCUGUGAACUGUUGAAAGACUCACAAUUUCUUGCUCCAGAUGUAACCAGUGCACAGGUGAACACGGUGGUCAGUGGGGCUCUGGAUAGACUUCACUAUGAGAAAGACCCCUGUGUGAAGUAUGACAUUGGUCGUAAGCUCUGGAUUUACCUGCACCGCAGUCGCAGCCAAGAGGAAUUUGAGAGGAUCCACCAGGCUCAAGCUGCUGCUGCAAAAGCAAGAAAAGCCCUACAGCAGAAACCUAAACCUCCGUCAAAGCCUAAGUCUGGUAAAGAAGGAGGCGGUAAAACCCCGGGGUGUCUGGAGGCAGGACAGGAUAUGGGCUCCAUUCCUAUGUCCCCAACCCCUACAACACCCACUCUAAACAUACCAGGAAACCCUAAAUCCCCCUUACCCUGCGCUGCCAGCACGCCAACAAAGACCGGGGGCCCGGACACAAUCAAGACCAGCACAGGGGUUCUCCUCGUGUCCCCCCCCUCGCUGCCCCAGCUGGGAACGAUCUUACCCAGCAUUCAGGCCUGCCCACAGGUUUCACAUACGGUCACGUCCCAACACGCGGCUCGGAUAGUGAGCCACCUGGCGGCAGGCUCCCUCCCUCAGGUGCGGGUGGUGUCCGCUCAUUCUGGUCUGGUUCCCUCGGCAGGAGGUCAACAGGCUACCAUGUUGCAUCAUACCCCCCACCAGAUAAGGAUGCCAAUGUCACUGACAGCCAAGGGCAUCUCCCAGACAGUGGUUUCUCUUCCUCUGAGGACUCAGUCUGUCAGUAGUCCGGUCCACGUGCCCACCACCCUCUCAGUGUCUGCUGUAGCUUUGGCCAAACCUCAAGCCCGGUCCCCUGGAAGCCCGGCACACAACCACCCCUCUUCCCCCGCUCUGCUGCAUGGAGUCUCCGGCCAGAAUAUAAAACAGGGGAAGUUACCAACACGGAUAACUGUACCCAUCUCUGUGCUGAGCCAACCACUGAAGAGCAAGAGUGUUGUGACCACACCGAUGGUGAAAGGAAGUCUAAACGCUAGUCUGAGCAGUCUGGGCAGGAACAUCAUCCUCACCACCAUGCCUGCAGGCACCAAGCUGAUCGCAGGGAACAAACCGGUCAGCUUCGUCACCGCGCAGCAGUUCCAGCAGCUUCAGCAGCAGGGACAGGCCACACAGGUUCGCAUACAGACGGUCCAAGCGCAGCAGCUCCAGCAGCGCAUGGCAACAGGCUCCCCGAAAUCUGUUUCCACAGUUGUAGUCACGACAGCACCUUCACCCAAAUGUGCCCCCGACCCCCCUCCUGCACCCAAACAGUGAUGGUUGGUUGUUCAACAUGAUUUUACUUGUUUGUUCUCUCGCAAGUGUAUUUGUAACAUUGUAUAUUAUCAUUACAAUUUGGAUAAUACUCACAAAGCCAGAAACAUUGCUUUUUUCUUUUAAGGAUUUUGACUUGCGUUCAGUCUAACCCUUUCUCUGUUGAAGCGCGUUAAACUCUUCACAGUCACUAUGAACAGUAUGUUAAAAAUGGCCACAUUGUUUCAACAAAAAUGUAAACAAUGGAAAACGUGUGACUAUGCUGCUCCAACCAUGCAGGCUUCAGUCUUUCCUUUCCAGCAGCUUAAUGUACACAAGACCAGUUGCUCUGUUAAUAUUUUAUGACCUAAAUACAGCCUCUCAUCACAACUCAUUCAUUCAUAUUAAAGUACACAUUGUAAAUUCUAAUUGACUGUCAAUAGGAUUUUCUCUGUCAUUUUGUUUGAUGUAAAGCAAUAUUAUCAAAUGUGAAGUGGAAAUUUGUCUGAUUUAUUUGGAUGUUGUGAUUUUUGUUUUAAUACAUUAUUUGUUC